AAGCCAACUUUAUAUAUUAAGAUUUUUAGAUUUAAUGUAUAUCAAAAUAUCCAAAAUAUAUAAGAUACUUUUUAUUUUUCUAAAUAUUUUAAAAUAUAUAUAAAUAGUCAAAAGUAAAUGUCUAAAAUCGCUAAACUAUACUCAAAACACCAAAAAUACUUAAACAAUCUAUCGAUUCUUUAUCCAAAUAUUCAAACCAAACUAAUUUAUAUGUUAAGUUUAGGUCUUUUGACAUUUGUUAUUCAAAUUUAUUUAUAAUAUAUUAUUUUAUUUAUAGAUUUUGAGAAAUUUAAAGUAUAUAAUGAUUUAAUCCGAACCCAACCCCAAAAGAUCCAAACCGAACUCAAAGCGAAAUUUAGAAAUACCCGAAUGAAAUUGAAAUUUUUGACCCCAAAAAUUCAAAACUCGAAUAGAUCCGAACCAAACCCAAGCAGAUAUCCGGAUGACCAUUACUAUUACAGACCUCUAAUAUAUAUUGUAAAAUGAAUUAUCGAAAGGUAAGAUGCACAAAUAUAAAGAACAUCCGCGCGUAGCGCGGACACAUCCCUAAUCUAUCUAUCUAAUACAAUAAAGUUAGGAAAUCUGCCUCUUUAGGCUAUCCACGACAUCUUUGGUGAGAGAGGCAAAUGGUGACAUCUGGCGUAACGAUAGUAGUCUGUGUGCUUCACGCGUUAUUGUGUGUGAUUUGUGGCCCACACAACAUUAAACCUUUCUCGCCCAUUACUGUUCAUCGUCUCUUUCCUUCCUGUCGACGCUGUUUGCUGACCUCUUCACCAACGCAAGAGAAACGGCUCACCCCUCCUUCAAGCCGGCAUUUAUUCUUAGCUUUUCCUGGUGUAAUCAACCCCUCUCUUUAAGAUUUCUACCAGCCUCUUCGUUUUCAUUGAAACCGCCGCACUCUCUUGCUAUAAAUAUGAGCCCUUUUACGAUCAUCAGUCUUUCUCACACCAAUUUCCAAACAAAGCAAAUUUCGAUCAAGCGAUUGCGAUGGCCAAUUCAUACACUGUUCUUGCUAACCUCAGAGCCGGGCGAUGCUCUAACACGGCCGAGGUCCGCCUGUUGCGUUUCUGGGAUGCGAAGAACAUCAAAGGGGGGAAACUGAUCAGUUUGGAGAUGUUGUUGAUUGACGAAGAAUCAACGCUGGUUCAAGGGACUGUUCCUGCCGCAUUGAGCUUAACCUUCAGGGAGCGCUUGUCUGAAGGUUCGAUUUACACCUUAAGCGGGUUUGAUGUAACACGGAGCAGUCCCAAAUACAGGUUAUCUGAUGGGCCCAUAGCCAUUCGUUUCAACGAGGGCACUGCUUUUGAAAAGUUACCAACCACCACGAAGGUAUUACCAACCGAACACUUUCGCUUCCAACCAUAUGACCACAUACUCGAGCUCGCAAACACUGGGAAGCAGCUCCCUGACGUUAUGGGAGAGCUGCGUGCAAUUAGGAGCACCAUAACAGACAGUUUACCUGGGCCACCUCGAGUUAUGCUCACUUUGCGUAUGGAGGGGGAUGUGAAUGUUGUUGUGAGUGUGUUUGAUUCCCUGGCUUUUGCCUUCCACAGCAAGCUUGAUGGUUACGGGAGAAAGCCUAGGAUUGUCCUUGUCACUGGCAUCAAUCCUAAGAUCUUCUCGGGGAAACUUUAUCUGAAUGGCACUUCUGCCACCCGUGUAUUCUUUGACUGUGAGAUUGCCGUAGGAAAGAUAGCGUUUGAAAGGCAAGAUUUUAAGUUAGUAAUUUGACUUCCUAUAUUGUCUGUGCAGUUUAAUACUGUUUGAUAUCUUUCAUCUAAUUACCAAACAGAUUGACGGGUGGUGGGAUAGACCAAGGAGAGCCUUCAUCAAAGGUGGUCCGCGCUCAAAAAAUAGAAUCAACCACCCUCGCUGAGCUUAACCAGUUUGUUCUCACCGGUGAUCCUCAGACUAUCGAAUUCCUUUGUACAGCUAAAAUAACUGAGGUUCAGCUAGCGGAGGGCUGGUGUUACAUUGGCUGCGCUACCUGUUCUAAGAAACUCAUACGAGAGGAGUCUUCUUUUACCUGUGGCCCAUGCAAUCAGACUAAUGCUGUCGCUGAGUUGAAGUACCGGGUUGUGUUCUCUGUGUCAGAUAAAUGUGAUAACGUCUUUUACCGGCUUUGACGAAGAGAUUAGGAAACUAACUCAUGUUCUAGCCUCUGAGGCUGCGCAGAUUGUGGUGAGAGCGGUGGCUCAUCAAUUUCUUUGCCCAUGGGUACUUGGACAUACACAAACUGAUCUAAUGAUUUGAACCAUUCGCAGGGGAUUGGUGUUAAUGCUCAAGUUGACACAGAGCUCCCUCGAUCGCUUGCUCCUGUUGUUGGAAACACUUAUACUUUUCAGCUAAAGUUGAAGGACUUCAACUUCACUCCAAACCACCAGACCUUUACUAUUUCCUGCAUAUAUCUUGCCCCAGAGCUUGCACCCACCCCAACAUUUGUUGAAGUUGAUGACAAUGCUGCACCAGAGCUUGAAGGAUCCGCCGUAGUUGGAGAUGCUUCUCCAGGCGCACUGAAAAGCACUAUUGCAGAGCAUUCCAGCUCUUCUGGUGGUCCACUUGAGGGUCGUGAGCCAGCAGAUGAGGAAGCUACUGGUCUGAAAGAGAGUGCCAGAAAGAAGGCACGUGUGGAAUGAGUCCUACCUUGAAGCAGAGCCACCACUUUUCCUCUCUAUCGUUGACGUUUUAGGAUUUUCACAUUUCUUUCUAUUUUGAGAAUUUACUGUCUUUUUGUUUUAAACAAAACUCUCUGACGGUGUGGUUGGUUUCUGUAUUGACCAUAUUUUAUUUCUUGCCAUUUAAUUACGUUUCCAAAUCAUUCUAAAUUAGCCAUAAAUCUCAAGCCCAAAAGCUUUGAUUAUGCCUAAUAUUUAAACUGAUUUAUUCUAAAUACA